AUGAUAAGUUCAGCACCUCUACAUCUACGUUGUAAAGAAUUCCACAGUUUGAAAGUCGUGGAAAUCGAUGGCUUUUUACAAAAUUCGAAGAAACAGUUGAUUCGAAGUUUAGAACAAGUUGUUAGAGAUUCUGAUCCAAAUGAACUGGAUUCAUUGAUUAAAGACAUUUGUCAAAAUUACGAAGAAUUACGAACUAAUGAAGAAAGUAGCAUAAAAUUGCAGCGACAAGUAUCAGAAGCUAAACAACAGUACAAACAAUCCUCGGAAUCAUUAGCACCGCUCACUAUUGAGACUUGGGAUCAGUACUCUCAAGAGCCUGCACCUUCACUUAAGGAUUUCAUAUCACAAGAUGUUGAAGUACAACUGCCACUCACACAAGAGGAUAGAAUAUUAAGAGCAUUGCCGCACAUCUGGCAAGAUCCUCAAUGUUUACUACCUGAUGAUACCGAUGGUGAUGAUUUACAAAUUAGAGGUGGUAGAAUUGAAUUAAUUUGCCCGAUUACUUGUAAACCGUUUGAGAAUCCAAUGAUCUCUAAAAAAUGUGGUCACGUAUUCGAUAAUUCAGGUUUAAACAACUAUUUCGAAAGUUACCCAUCAAGAGAUUGUCCACAAGGUGCUUGUUUGCAAAAAUUGACUCUUAGAGAUUUCAAAGUUGACGAACUGAUGAAAUUGAGAUGUCUUCUACAUCUGAAAAAAGUACGUCAAGAAGAAACUAACUUGGACGUUUUGUAA